AUGCCUGUUGACUGUCAACGAUCGACAUCGGGGGGGAAAGGGAAUUUGGGAAUGUUUAUUGAAAGGGGUCCAAAAAUUUGUGCAGCUGGUUUACCAACAGCUCAACCUGAUGAUGAAGUGGCAGAUUCCUUAGAACAUUAUCUACUAAAGGACGAAGUAGAUGCACUCUUGAGUGAUGCUAUCAAUCCACCGAUACCUCCAAGAGCGCUACCACCUCUUCGAAAACCUAUACCUUUAGAUAAGCGUUUUGCUGGGCCAUUUGGUGAUGUUGCAUCUCUUAUUAAUCCUCCUAAUAAAUCCAAAUUCCAGAAUUUGGUAGAAGAUUUAAAAGAAACACCUUAUGCGUCUUACUGGAAAAAACCUCUUGGCAUGGUAAAAGAUCCAGUGCCCAUGUUACCGAAUGGAUUCGAUAUAGAAGGCACAACAUUUGGCAAAGAAACUCCAUUUCACGGCCGUCUUUAUGAUAUAGUAAUGCCAAAAGUACCAUAUCCUGAUAUGACACCACCACAUAAGCAGCCAAGUGUUCAAAAGUGUUACAACUAUUGUAAGCCACCUUUUAAUCCUGAUUUAACUUUCGGAUAUCGAACGCACGUUGAUAAAAGAGGAACAUAUGCUAGAUGUUGCGUUACUGAUGACAGGGUAAAAUUGGGAACGGCUAAUUAUACAUUAGUUAAUACAAUACAAGCAAACUUCCAAGAUGUAAAUCAACCAAGAGUCGGUAAAGUGUUAGCUCCAAACGAUAAUAUUGAAAACGUUCCCAAAGGCUACCGAUUUGGAAAAUUGAAACCGCCAGAUAAUCUUCCCGAAUGUCUCACAUUUUGUGAGUUAAAUUCCGGCAGACUGUUUUUUCUACAAUGUCUAAAACACCUGAAUUCUCUUCGAAAAGUAUUAUCAAAACGUUUUUUGCCUACGUUUUUUAAAACAUUUUAUCUAAAUUUGAAAUAUUAUGAUCAUGAACAAAAAGGAUGGUUACCUAAAGAAGUUGUCUAUAAAUAUUGUGGAACCAAGCAUAUAAGAUUCGAUCCUAAUUUAAUAGAACCACUGUUAGAGAUGUGGCAUGCAUUUGAUGGAUCUAAUAUAGAGUAUAAAAUAUUUGUACAUGUCCUCAACUACAGAGAACCCUCUUCUGAAAUGCCUUAUAUUCCGGAUAUACCAAAAGAUUGCCUCGAUUUUAGAACAACUUAUACAGAAAUGGUAAAAUCAGGACAACCUCCAAAUGACAGUAAAAUGGCUGGUUUACCUUCAGGAAGAUAUAUGGACUUAGAUUACCCUGAAACACCUAAUCAAUGCUGUAAAGCUAUCAGAGCUUGUUUACCACAGGAAUCUGAUAUGAAAUCUUGUCUCAAUCCCAGUGUUUUUACUAUGCAACAAGUCAAUCAUCGAGACAUGUACUCUAAACGGGAACCAGAUGUAGUAAGAAGAGUAUUUGAGGCGAGUGGCGAGCAGUUUACUGAUGAGAGUUUUAACAAAAUUUGGGAAGAAGCCAUGAAAUAUCAUUCGCAAGGUUGGGUUUGUUACGAAACAUUUCGAAGAGCUUUAGAUACUGCACGAAAUGAAGUGGGAAACCAUUGA